UUUUGAAUUUUGCUUUGUUAGAAUGUAAACAGAUGUAUUGAAGCUUUGGAUGAACUUGCUUCGCUUCAAGUAACAAUGCAACAAGCUCAGAAGCAUGCUGAAAUGAUUUCAACACUUAAGAAAAUACGAAAGUUCAAGGUCAGCCAAGUUAUUAUGGAAAAAGCAACCAUGCUCUACAACAAAUUUAAGACUAUGUUUCUUGUGGGAGAAGGAGAUUCUGUUCUUUCUCAAGUAUUGAAUAAGUCACUAGCUGAGCAGAAGCAGCAUGAGGAAGCAAACAAAAUCAAAGAGCAGUGGAAGAAGGCACCAAACAAGAAAACUGAAAAGGAGAGAGAGCAAACAGGCACAAAAAUAGUGAAUGGUGCUUCUGAUUCUCAAGAUGCAAACCAGUCACAACAGAAUGGAGACAGCACAGAAGAAAAGAGAGAGAAACUGGAUGCUGGCAAUAAGAAAAACCACAUACAGAAGAAGAUGUGCGCUGCAUGAGUCUCUUUAGAAUUCACUGGUCAUGACAGGCUUGGUUUCUGGGAAGGCAAUUCUGUCACAUUGCUACAUUGGAUAUACUUGUGUCGUUCAAUUACUUUGUUACAUACAAGCAAAAGAGUUUUCCGACUUCAAAGAAAACAUUCACAGAACAGUGAUUCAUUCAGAAACAGGGUGGUGUCUUUUUUUCAGAGCACUCUGUUCUUACACUUAAAUGUAUCAAAAAUAAUUGCUUCUAAUUUUAAUUCAGACAAAGAUUUAAGUGUACCAAGACCAAGGAAGGAAUGAUGAGGCCCACAUGUGCUUGUGUGUAGCCUUUUCCCACUAAACCUCCCCCCCCCAAAAAAAAAACUUUGGCCAACAUUUUUUUCAGCUAAAAGUAGACUCUAAAGGGGCUGUUGUGGUGUGAAAAUGGUGUUCAUAAACACACCAAAACACCGAAAGAGAACCUCUUGAAGUGACUAGAAGUGAUUUCCAGUCAUUCAAAAUUACACUUCUGACAUACCAACACCACCCACCAAGGGA